GUCGCGAGUAUUAAACGAAGGGCGCAACAACAACAAACACACAACAACAACAACAACACAACAUAGGGAAAGAAGAGUCGAGAAAAUUAGAGACAUUUUUUUUAAAAAAAAGGAAAUUAAGAGAGAGAGAGAGAGAGAGAGAGAGAGAGAUAGCGAAGGGUUGCGAAAAAGGAGACAUGCUCCCCUCUCGGAGAGUCUCCAAGUUCGAGAAAUUCAAAAGCAUUUUAAAGCGGCGAAAAAUGAUGGUUAAAAUCGCCAUUCCGUAGCAUCGGAGGAGCAGAGCUCUAUCGGAGGAGCAGAGCUCUAAAAUGCUUCGAAUUAGCUCUAGUCGUGACUAAAUGAGAACUUGUUUUUUGAUCCCUGUAUGUUGCCAGUUGUUUUGAAAGAUGCAACUCGGUUCCUAUUUUCGAUCUGUUUCGGUCUCGCAUAUCUCGAGAGCUUCUUAGAAGACCUGGGGGGCAAGAUUCUGUUGCGUGUUGCGAUUUUACAUGCAUUGUCCUCGGAACAUUUACGGAGAAGAAAGAUCUUCCUAGAUUCGCCUAAGCUCGUGGAAUUCCUCGACCAAGGCCUGCUUUUGACUUCAAGCAUCUCACCGACGGCAACCAUCUGGUUUUCGAGUACUUGUAUAUGAGUAAGAAUAGCCUGGAAUUUCAUGGUAAUCAGAUCGAGCAACUAGGUCAUCAAAUGCCCGGCCCGGACAACUCAUUGAUUCGAUUAAAUUCUGGGUCUCAUCAGGGAGUGUCUAAAAUGAGCAAGGACAGCCUUCCUGAGCAACAGACUUUAGCACGAUCAGGUGAUUGCAGUAGUUACAGAGAACAGGAAGGUGUCCAAGUGAGGUCAGCGCUGUCUGGGGGAAAAGCUGAAGGCACUUUGCCAUCAUCGCAAGUUGAUUAUAGCCAGUUUGCUUCGCUACCGUACCCGUAUUCCGCGCCAUUCUAUGGUGGCGUCCUGACCCCAUAUGGAACUCCUAACAUUAUUCAUGCCGAUAUGGUGGGAGUGGCACCUUCCGCCCGAAUCCUGCCGCCUCUUGAACCCGCAGCAGAACCCAUCUAUGUAAAUCCAAAACAAUACAAUGCAAUCGUUCGGAGGAGGCAGAAAAAAGCAAAGUUGGAGGCCGAAAAUAAAGCGGUCAAAACUCGAAAGCCAUACCUUCACGAGUCUCGCCACCUCCACGCAUUGAAGAGAGAGAGGGGAUCGGGCGGCCGUUUCCUCAACAAAAAGCAGCAGCAGCAGCAAGAGGAUCGUUCGCCUAACAAUAACCCCUUGACCGAAACUCCUAACAGCUCAGAUAUCACUACUGUUUGCACAAGCGGCGGGCUAUCUAAUCCGCAGGAGCAUCGUAGUUUCUCGUCGCCUGGUUUUUCUACUUCUCACGCCAGGGGCGGCAAUACUCACGGCGGAAAUAACCACGGCCCCUCUUGACGGUAGAGCGCAGGAAGUGCAGUCCCCCACCCCAGGCAAAUCAUCCUUGGCUUUCGAUAUUUUAAAACAUACAUCAUCGCGGCUCAGCUUUAAAUAGAAGCGAACUUACUGAGGACUGGGUGAAACAAAGUUUGAAUAUCGGGUUCUUUUGUCUAAUCUUCUCUUUGGGCUGUUCAUUGAAUUCGACUCUUUGUUCUUGAUUUUAAGUACAUAUGUAUGAUGGGAGCACUCACGCCUAAUCCACUGAAAAUAGUUUUAUGUGACUCGGUAGUA